CUUUCGUUCCUGCCCACCUCCGCCUCUUUCUGUCCUCUCCUUUGCCCUGUCUGUCCAUCCCUCCCCCCUUUUUGGGCUGGAGGCUCCGGUUUAUCUGGAAUCAGCAGGGAAAGGCACUCAGGAGCUCUGCGUCCGUGUGGAGAAAGCGUGUUCAUAGGAACUGGGGGGAAUCCACUCGUCUUCUUCCAGCUGAGGGAACGGACGAGAGCCAUGGCCAUGUUCUCAGCAUUGGGCUUGCUUAUUCUCUGCCAGCUUUUGGCCUCAUCCCUUGCUCAGUCACCUGGAUCUCGUGGGCUUCCUGGACCUCCAGGACCUACAGGACUACCAGGACCCCCAGGUAGAGAUGGCAUUGAUGGAAAGAGAGGACCGUCUGGACUUCCUGGAAAGCCUGGACCUAAAGGGAAAGCCGGAAUCCCAGGGACGGCAGGGAAACCUGGACUGCCAGGACUUCCUGGAAUAGAUGGAUGGCCAGGUCCUGAUGGGCCUCAGGGGAAAGAUGGACCUCCAGGAAAAGUUGGUGACCAAGGACCUGCCGGACCACCUGGACCUCCUGGCAGAGGGAGACCUGGAGCUCCCGGGCUGCCUGGAGCUAAUGGAUUGCCUGGUGGUGUAGGACCUCAGGGACCCUCGGGACCAGAAGGUCUUCCAGGACUUCCAGGUCUCCCGGGUCUAGACGGGCCUCCUGGACUGCCUGGAGCACUUCCUGAAGGAAACGGAGAUUUACUGUGUCCCGCGAUCUGUCCACCGGGACCCCCAGGACCCCCAGGAAUGCCCGGUUUCAAGGGACACACAGGACACAAAGGAGACAAAGGAGAGUCAGGGAAAGAUGGAGAGAAGGGGGCACAAGGACCACCCGGGCCUGCUGGAUUCCCAGGAACUGUUGGUCUACAGGGACCUCGUGGUUUAAGAGGACUUCCAGGUCCAGUAGGAGCUGUUGGAGACAGAGGUUUGCCAGGGUUCCGGGGGAAGCCUGGUAUCCUAGGGGUCAUGGGGAAAACAGGUGACCCCGGAGAGAAAGGACUCGUGGGGUUUAAAGGACCUAAAGGAGAAAUUGGAAAAAUAGGCCCAAAAGGUCUUCCUGGACCUCCAGGCCCUAAAGGAGAACCUGGCAUGUCCGGUAGAGAUGGUAAAGAUGGCACUCAGGGGUUCGACGGUGAAAAAGGGGAUGCUGGGCGGCCGGGCGUGGCUGGAGAGAAAGGACCUAACGGUUUACCCGGUUUGCCAGGAAAAGCUGGAGCAAAGGGAUCCAAAGGAGUUGUUGGUGACCAAGGAAAGAUGGGUGAAACAGGACCAGCUGGAGAGCCAGGUAUUCCUGGUGAGAUUGGUGUUCCAGGAGAAAGAGGUGAAGCAGGACCCAGAGGCGUCGCUGGAGGCAUCGGCCUAAUUGGAAAUCCAGGACCUCAGGGAGUCAAAGGAUUCCAGGGAGUUAAAGGUGCGAUGGGAGAUCCGGGUCUUGCGGGUCCGACCGGACUCAGAGGAGACUUUGGAGACAGGGGACCAACAGGAGCAGGAGGACCGAAAGGCGAAAUUGGUAUGGCUGGAAGUGAUGGCUUGCCCGGAGAGAAUGGAGAAACAGGUCCGUUCGGUCCUCCAGGCCAAAAAGGAGGACCCGGGAAGCAUGGAGAACUAGGUCCUAAAGGAGUAACAGGGCCACAGGGAGAGACCGGAGCAAGAGGGAUGCUUGGAAAACCUGGUUUGAUGGGCUUCCAUGGAGAACCGGGUCCCCCUGGAGUCGCUGGCAAAGCCGGUGUUUCUGGAAAACUGGCGAGCGAACAACAUAUCAGAGAACUGUGUGGAUCGAUGAUUGAUGACCAGAUUGCUCAGCUUGCUGCUCACCUGAGGAGACCGUUAUCUAUAGGAGCCGUGGGUCGACCGGGUCCAGCUGGGCCUGCUGGAAAACAAGGAGAAGCAGGAGCGAUGGGGCUUCCUGGACCUCGUGGUCCCCCUGGAUAUAGAGGACUUCCAGGAGAUCUUGGAGAUCCUGGUCCUAGAGGUGAUACUGGUGAACAGGGUGAUAAGGGACCUGUUGGAAAAGCCAUCGAUGGUCCAGUUGGAGACCAAGGAGAACCAGGUCUCCAAGGAGUACACGGCAUUGUUAAGGAUGGGCGAGAUGGUGCACCUGGAGAUCCAGGUGAGCCUGGAGAACAGGGUAGGGCGGGCAGACAGGGGCAUCAAGGACCACCAGGAAUCUGCGAUACGACAGCGUGCCAGGGUGCGGCGCCUCACGGGAAAUCGUCCAACCCUAAAAACCAUUAAACGUCCGCACCUUCGUCUUCUAAAAAAAAAACUCGCCCCAAGGAACAAAAACAAAUUGGGGAGUGGGGAAACGAGGGAUGACGGAUCAUCUUUAUGGAGCGUUUUUUUUGGGGAAAAAAAAAAGAACUCAUUGUUGAAUAGGAUGAAACAGGAACGGGCGAGACGAGAGACUUCGAGCCCAGACUCGACCCGUGAAAUCUAAAGAGCGAGAGAUCGAAUUUUUCUAGAUGUGUAAAAAAAAAAACUAAACAAAAAAAAAAAAAAGACAACUGAUGAAAUGAUUUGAGCCGGUCUGAUAUGUGUGCAGUUUUUCUUUUCCUCAGUGUCUGUUAGCAUAGUCAUUAUGUACAGCGUCCUAUAAAGGAACAACUGUGACUUUCUUGACUGUAAUGGAAAAAAAAGAAGAAAAAAAAACACACACAAAGAAAAGUAAAAGAUUUGUGCAUGGUGGUUCUUUUGGACUGGAAAGAACACAACAAUCCUCAAAAAUCUGAGCAUCACUCAGAAUGUUGAAUAAUUUUGUAUAUUACUGCACAAAUAGUAUUUUACAAGUUUUCUGUAUCUUUUUUUAAGCCGUUUGUCGAUCUGUUUGUAUUUUCAGCUUUUUAUUUUUCAUUCCAAACAAUAAAGAAUUAAUCCAGAUUUCACAUAGAAAUAAAAUCGACCCUAAAAGCAUCAAUUGGGAUGCUUGAUGAACUGUUACUGUACGAUAAUAAUCGCUUGUCUGAAAUUUCCUGACACGUCCCACUAUUUACUGGUGCUGUAAAAAAUGAUUAAAUAAUCCAUGACUUUAAA